AAAAACUUGACAUAAGCGAAAUGCCAGACAUUUUGAUAUAGAGCCACUUUAGUCACAGGGAAGCGAUGUGUCGCAGUGGUUUACUGUUUAAGUGGUAGGGAACAGGUGCAAUAUCGGAGAAACCAGACCCACGAUGGCCGAGUAUGGGUGGGGUCUCUCUGAGGAGCUGAUACGAAAGGCGAGUCAAGAACUGAAUGAAUUCCCUGAAUCUCGCCAGGCCGCUGUUUAUGCUGUACAGGAGUUGAUCAAGACUCGACCCGAUAUCAAAUUCCUGCGAGAGGAUUAUGCCUUCAUCCUACGAUUUCUCCGUGCCCGUAAGUUUGACGUAGAAGAGUCGUUUCGACUGUAUGCCAGGUAUUUCGAGUAUAGACAGAACAACCGGAACUUGUUCAAGCGAUUCCACUCGUCGGAAUCAGGCGUGAAGGAAGCUCUGUAUGAUGGUCUACCGGGCGUCUUGCCCCACACGGACAUUUUCGGACGUAAAAUUUUGGUGCUAUAUUCGGCCUACUGGGACAACAGUCGGUACGGCUUGGCGGCGAUAUACCGUGCAAUAUUACUGACGCUAGAGAAACUGAUAGACGAUGAAUCGGUGCAGAUUAACGGUUUCGUUGUUAUCGUCGACUGGAGUGAGUUUACCUUCAAACAGUCGACCUGGCUCAAUCCGAAGAUUCUUAAGCUGAUGAUUGAAGGACUUCAGGACUGUUUCCCAGCUCGGUUCGCUGCUAUACAUUUUGUGAGUCAGCCGUGGUACAUCGAGGGGAUAUUCAAGAUGCUCAAGCCAUUCCUAAAAGAGAAAAACAGAAAUAAGAUUCAGAUGCACGGGAUAAACCUAACAACCCUCCACCAGCAUAUCAAUAAAGACUUCCUGCCCGCGGAACUUGGCGGGACGGAACCACCGUAUAACAAUGAGACGUGGGCCAAACAGCUGGUGGGCGACGAAAACUUCAGCUUCGGAGAACAGCAUAUAUACUGGCCUUCCAGUAGCCAUUUUAAGACUAGAUCUGAAACGUUUCCUCUGGAUCAGUUCUCCAACACUGGGAAAACUCUACAUGAAAAAAAACAGGGGACGUAUCUAGACGAAGAAUUCUUCCUCAUAGACUAGAUAGGUUCCAUAAGCUUCCUUUUAAGAGAAUAUCUUCACUUUGUUGCCAUUGUUAACAGUUUUCCAAAUACAGUGAAACCGCUUUUUAACUGGACAGUCAUGGGACCAAGAAAAAGUAUUGUUUUAAAAGGUAUCCAGUUUAAAGAGGUUAUUUUCUGUAUGGAUGUUUUAAUGGGGACCAU